CCACCGCCUCCACCACCUCCAACCAGCGAGCAUCGCGGUGAUCUUCUAGCUUUGGGGUUUGCACCACAACUAAGCAUCCCGACAACUAAGAACACCAUCAUUGACAAGUCAAAUCUUCCCACAACACAAUGGAUUCUUCACGCCAAUCCCGCCCGUCCACCUUUCGCGGCUUUCCACGCCCACGCCCACGUCCACGGAUCUUUGUCCUCCAGGAAAUCGAACCUCAGCCUAUCAGCAUGCUCUACCAAUUCCUUAGAGGCCUUGGAAAUUUUGUCUUCCCCGACGAAAUGGCCGAGGCCGGAGGAGAUCAGUCGACUGGGCAGCGUCUGGCACCCUAUGAUGCUGCCGAUAUGACCUCCCACCACUUCGUUAUGCGGACCCCGGAGUUCGAGAUUCGUGGAGAUGACCUGCCCGCCCACGUCGUGGGCCGCGCGUUUGACGCGUCGCUGGGCGUGAUGGACGCAAAGCGUCGCGAGAUCAACUCGAGAGCGAAUGGCAAGACUUACCUUCCGGUUCUCAUCGUUGCCGGCGUCCUUGCCAUCUGGCUCCUCGGCGGCCGGCAGAUGGCCCAGGCUACCUUCAUGCGCAACUAGGCCCCUGCUUCUUUACACGCAGCACUGGCGCCACGAGCACUACCAGUUUCACCAGCAUCGCGCGAACCAGACUACAUACAAGAUGGACCUCUCCCGAUUCGAAUAAGGAUACGAAACUCGAGCAGCUGAGGGUUGAUGAUGCGUGGGGGGGCUUGGUGUGGCGGAC